GCCAGCAGGUUUCAGUAGCGAUCUUCGCGAGACUACGUUGCCCCAAAGACCAGUGAAGAAGAAGCUCGGUCUACGGUGCGCGCCAAUUUACAACAAGCCAGCCAGGAGGACGUAAACAUUCCCUCCAUCCUUGUCGUGGCUCCAUGUCGCCGAUACGACCAUCGCUUCCCUAAUCAUGAAUACGAGUGUAAAAGGAUCGGGCGAUGUGUCACAAAUUACUGCCAGUGGUGACAAUGAUUCCAUCAAAGUGUUUGUGCGAGUGAGACCUCUGACCCAAGACACAGGGUUAACCACAGAUGGAGAUCAGAAUCUGUGUUUAACGGUCACUUCAAACAACACCAUUCGCCUGCACUCAAAGCCAGAACCAAGGACCUUCACUUAUGACCAUGUCGCUGAUAUGGACGUAUCCCAGGACUCUGUCUUCGCAGGUGUGGCAAAAAAUAUCGUGGAAUCUUGCAUGAAUGGAUACAAUGGCACCAUUUUUGCCUAUGGACAAACGGGUUCUGGAAAAACCUUCACCAUGCUUGGCCCGUCCGACUCCGAUAACUUCACAGACGAACUGCGAGGGGUUAUUCCCCGAAGUUUUGAGUAUCUCUUUUCUCUCAUCAACAAAGAGGUGGAAAGGUCCAAGAGUUUCCUGUGCAAGUGUUCCUUCAUCGAGAUCUACAACGAGCAGAUCUACGACCUGCUGGACAGCGCCUCCGCCACCCUGUUCCUCAGAGAGAACAUCAAGAAGGGCGUGUUUGUCGAGGGAGCCGUGGAGAAGUUUGUCACCUCGGCCUCCGAGGCUUACCAGGUGCUGUCCAUGGGCUGGCGUAACCGCCGUGUGGCCUCCACGUCCAUGAACCGCGAGUCCUCCAGGUCCCACGCGGUCUUCACCAUGGCCCUGGAGUCCAAAGAGACCGUCAACAAGUUGGUGAACAUCCGCACGUCUCAGCUCAACCUGGUCGACCUGGCCGGCUCCGAGAGGCAGAAAGACACGCACACGGAAGGCUCUAGACUCAAGGAGGCCAGCAGUAUCAACCUCUCCCUCAUGUGUCUGGGCCAGGUCAUCAUGUCGCUGGUGGAUGUGGCCAAUGGCAAGAACAGGCACAUCUGCUACAGGGAUUCCAAACUCACCUUCCUGCUCCGGGACUCUCUGGGAGGGAAUGCCAAGACGUACAUCAUAGCCAACGUGCAUCCAGGGUCAAAAUGUUUUGGGGAGACGCUGUCUACCUUGCAGUUUGCCCAGAGAGCAAAGUUAAUCAAAAAUAAGGCCAUGAUCAACGAGGACUCCCAGGGCAACGUGAGGCAGCUGCAAGCCGAGGUGAAGAAGCUCAAAGAGCUCCUCGCCGCUCAGACCUCCAUGGGGCUUAGUGGCAGGGACCUGGCUCCUGGGGGCCCCCGUCUGUCCAGCAGUCCAUCAAAUGAACACCCUGAGGUCUCCUACAAGGGCAAAUUCCUUCAAGCCAUUGGUCUGUGGAAGAAGCGGGAAGAUGAGAAAACGCUCCUGCUCCAGAAGGUGGCACAGUUGGAGGAGGCCAGGUCCCAGAAGGAGAAGUUCAUCCACUCCAGCCGCAUGAUCGUCAAGUUUCGGGAGGACCACAUCUCUCGCUUGGAGAAGAAGUUGAAGGGGGAUCAGGUCCCGCUCUUGGACAAAGAGAACGAGGUGUUGGUGGACCAAUUGAAGGCAGAAAUCACCGUCCUUAAAGAUCAGAUGGAGCAUCACCCGAAGAUAAGCCAGUACGCGGCGGAGAACUACAGUCUGAGGCAGGAGAACCGCUACCUCCGCUCCCUGGAGUCCGUCACCAAGGCAGAGGAGGCUGCAGGCCAGGCUGCUGUGGAGCUGGAGGAAGCCUUCCGGCUGGCCCUGGAGGCCUCCGGGCCCACAGAAGCUCAGCCGGCUUUCUCGACGCCGGCUGCAGCUGAAAGCGUCUCUGCGGUCUCCGUGGAACGACUGAAGGCCCAGCUGCUCCAGAAGCAGUCGGAGCUCUCCACCACCUCGCAGGCCUUCGAGGAGUACAAGGAGCUCACCAAGAAGCAGAUUGUGGAGCUGGAGUCUGAGAAGCGGUACCUCGACAAGUCCAUCAAGCAUUUGGAAAACAUUCUGGAAGCCACACACUCUUGUAAGAAACAGGAGGUCUUGGAGCUCAACAGGAUCCAUGUUGAAACCAUCAAGAACCUCACCACCCCAACCAAGGCCUACAACCUGCGAUCCAGAAACGACCACCUGUCCAGCCCGGAGCACCUGAACGGAGACGAGAUGAACGACAUCCGCCACGAGCAGCCUCCCCCGGAGAUGACGGAGCUGGCCUGCGAGGCCCUGACGGAGGAGUUGCAGCAAGUGCAGGAACAAGCUGAUAGGGUUCAGACCCAGCUGGCGGAGGAGGAGAUGAAGGGCACUAAACUACUGCAGCAGAUCGCUAAGCUUGACGAGCAGGUGGCCUUGAUGGGACAAGAGUUGGGGCGCAAGGACCAGCUCCUCUCUGAGGAGCGAGCAAGUAGGAGCGUGGAUCAGCUGACUCUGCAGGAGAGCCUCGCCGGCCUGCAGCAAACCCUUGAGGCUGAGCAGCGCGCCGGCGAAGUUCUGCGGAGUGAGAUCCAGGACCUGCGUGUGGUUCUGCAGUCGUCGGAUAAGGAGCUUGCCGCUGUGAAGAGCGAGCUGAGGGACGGCCAGGGAGGGCAUCAGAGGGAGAUGAGCCAGCUCUCCAGCAACCUGAUCAGGACCCAGCUCCAGCUGGACAAAGUCCAACUGGAGUGGGAGCAGCUCCUGCUGCAGCACCGGAGUCUCCAGGACUCCUUCGACCAUCUGCAGGCAGAGUCUAAGUUUGAGGCUGACCAGGCCGGACAGCAGCUGCAGGAGAGCCAGCAGGAGGCCGCCGCCCUCAGAGACCGCAUCACGGAGAUGGAUAACAGUCUGCAGAUAGAGAGGGCCCACACCAACACGCUGUCGACCCAGCUGUGGGAGAGCACGUCAAAGGAGCUGAUGGAGACCUUGGGGCAGAACACCAAGCUACGACAAGAGGUGUCUUUGACGACAGUGCAUGUGGUGCACAGGGGUUUUAUGAAGGGAUUUUUAAUUAAUGAUUAUUUCCUUUUUUCCAAGGUUUCUAAUCUGGAAAACCUUGAGCAAAACCUAGCGUCAGCUAAGGAAACCGCAAGCGUCUUGGAGCAGAAGAUCGAACAGGACAAAGGUGUGGUGCUGGAGCUCAUCAACCAGACCAGGGAGCUCCGCAGUGAGCUGAGUGGGAAGGAGGAGAACCUGGCCCAGCUGUCUGGGGACAUCAAGGACCUCACCGCCAAGUGUAAUGCAGUCACCAGUGAACGGGACGAGGUCCGAGAGCAGAACUCCAGGAUGCAAACAAAGCUUCAGGACCUGAAGGGGGACGUGGAGAAGAAGGCGGCCUCCAGCCGGAUCGAGGUGGAGCUGUUGCAGGAUGAAGUUCUCUACGCCACGGAGGAAGUAGAACGGCUCACCAAGGUGUUGGAUGAGCAGAACGGACUCCUGCAAAGCUUUCAGGAGCAAACCACCCAGAAGGACUCCACCAUCCAGAGCCUGCAGCAACAGGUGAAGAAACAGGAGGAGGCCGUUGAGAAAGAGACGUCAAAAUGUGGCUUCAACCUCAUUCUGGGCGGUGCGUUCACACCAAAGUCUUUAGCCAAGACGCCUUGCACGCCCAGGAGCGUCAGCAAGGACCUGAGCCAGAUUCUGGAACUGGAAAGCCGCCGCUCCUCCAUGAUGACCAUGGAGCUCCUCCUCACGGAGCAGAACUCUGAGCGGGCCGACAAGAACGCCGAGAUCCAGAGGCUCAAGACCCAGCUGAACGAGAUCCAGUCUCUGCUGGAGCUGUUCUACAAAAAGCAGGAGCAGUCUGAGCAGAACGGGAACGACGCGGGUGAGCUACUGAAUGAAGCCAUCAAACAGACCAUGCUCAGAGAGCUGCAGGAGGAGAGGGCUGAGAAGAGCAACGCAACACAGAAGCUCUGUGAAGCCCAGAAAAGACUGCAGGCCCAGGAGUCCAUGCUGGCCCAGUCUCAGACCUGUGUGCAGGAGCUCACCAGUGAACUGAGGAACCGCUGUCUGGAGCUGAGAGAGCUGAGCCUGAGGGAGCAGGAACAAGAGAAGCUCCUCAAUGAGGUUGAGGUUCUCCGCAAACAAGUGGACCACUUGUCAGAAGAGAACGGCAAACUAGUUGGCCACAAGAACCACAAGCAGAGGAUAGAGUAUCUGGUGAAGCUGAAAAAGGAGAACUCCAAACUUCAAGAGGAUAACGAAAUCCUCCGCUCUCAAAUAGUCUUAUUACGGGACGGCGUGUGAAGCUCUCCAGUGGAAACGGUCUGGACUCGUGCAGCAGUCCUUCACACUCUUUUCUAAAGACACACAACUGUUCAAUACAAUGCUGCCAGGAUCAAAAGCAUUUGACCUCAUACGCCUAUUGCCUUGAACUAUUCAAAUGGUGUUUUCAUGGCUCUAGUACUCUCUCAAUAGCCUAAACUGUAGUAGUACUUUUGCUGGUGCCUUUUUUUUUAUUUCUGGAACUAAUUAACUGUACAGCGUUUUAUUGUAACUGUGAAAGUGCCUGGACAGGAGGCCAUGAAUUUCAAGUUUGUAAUAUUUUUUAUUUCUUUAAACAAUGCCGUUUUAAAUAAAUUCCAUAAUGAAU